AUGGUGCAGCCUAAAAAUCGUCUCGAAGUUCCGUCCAAGAUGUGGGUGACGACGGUUGUGGUCAUCGUGAUUGUCCUGCAAGUUGCAUCGACCACCGGACUCUUCAUAUACUUGAACAUGUCAGUGGCACAGGCUCGAACACAAGGAAUGGUGGAGGAGCUGAGGUGUCUUGGUCUGCUGAACGCUAUGGAGAAAGAGCAAGAUGUACCCGAUGAUCUAGUCCAGCUCUUUGGAGAGCCGUGCAUUAAACUAGCAGAAGGACUCAAAGCCUACAUCUCUAAGGUCACAGAAAACAUAAUCUCCAAACACACCUUUGAAGAAAGAGUUUCUUUCCCACCAAGGACAAAAUUACUCACCACUGGCAGCCCACGGCCGUCAGCUCAUCUUACUCUCAGAGACAGUGGACUGCAGGGUACAACAUCCCUGACCCCUCAGAUGGACCUUCACCAAUCUUGUCGCCAUCCCGUUCGUUCCUGGGGAAACCAGAGCUUUGGUUCCCACCUGCACAACAUGACCGUGUCUAACGGCCGCCUACGCGUCCCUCGAGCCGGCCGCUACUACCUGUACGCUCAGGUCUACUUCCGCUAUCUGACCCUCUCAGUUGACGAUUACCACUCAGGCUCCGUCAGCCAUCAGGUGGUGCAGUGCGUCUACAAGAAGACGGCCUACGCUCGCCCUAUCCAGCUCCUGAAGGGUGUGGGGACCAAAUGUUGGUCUCCGGACAGUGAGAACGCCCUGCACUCCAUCUACCAGGGAGGCCUGUUUGAGCUGCGAGCAGGAGAUGAGAUCUUCAUCUCAGUGUCGUCUCCCACAGCUGUGUAUGCAGAGGACUCCUCCAGCUACUUCGGGGCCUUCCUGUUUGACCUCUGA